UUUCGGGAUUCCGCCCCCCCCUGGAUUUUAGGGACCCCCCCCGGCCAUGGGGCUGUGGCUGUUGUGGCUCUGGGUCCCCCUGGGGCUGGCGGAGGAGGAGACGCUGCUGGACACGCGGCUGGAGACGAGUGACCUGGAGUGGACAGUGCACCCGGAGGGGGAGGGGCAGUGGGAGGAGCUGAGCGCGCUGGACGCGGAGCUGGGCGGGGCCGUUCGCACCUUUGAGGUGUGCUCGGGGCGGGGGCGAGGCCGGAACAGCUGGCUCCGGUCCCGCUGGGUGCCCCGCGGGGAGGCGACCACGGUGCUGGCUGAGAUCCGGUUCACCGUGAUGGCGUGUGACAGUCUCCCAGGACCCCCACGUCCCUGCAAGGAAACCUUUGCCGUGUUCUACCACGAGUCCGACGCCGACACCGCCACGGCCACGUCCCCUCCCUGGAUGGAGAACCCCUACGUCAAGGUGGACACGGUGGCCGCCGAGCACCUGGCCAGGCCUGGGGGUGGCGGCCACCCCAAGGGCCGGGUGAACCGCAAGGUUCUGCGGCUGGGCCCGCUGAGCCGCGCCGGCUUCUACGUGGCCUUCCAGGACCUGGGGGCCUGCAUGGCGCUGCUGUCCGUGCGCCUCUUCUUCCGCCGCUGCCCCGCGGCCACUGCGCGCCUGGCCAGCUUCCCUGCCACUGUCCCGGCCGAGCUGGUGGCCCCCGUGGCCGGGCGGUGCGUGGCCGGAGCGGUGCCGGCCGCCGAGGGGGUGCCCCUGAUGUACUGCAGGGAGGACGGGCGGUGGGCAGAGCCCCCCGCGCUGGGGUGUGUCUGUGGGGUCGGGACGGAGCCCGGCGAGGGACAGGGCUGUAGGCCUCCCCCCUCGGCCCCCCGCGCCCUGGUAGCCCAGGUGAACGGCUCGGUGGUCCGGUUGUCCUGGAGCCCCCCCCGGGCCGGGGGGGACCGGCCGGACCUGCGGUACCAGGGCCUGGUGGUCCCCGGGGUCAGCGUGGCCGGGCUGCGGCCGAGGGUCACCUACAGCUUCAGGGUCAGCGCCCGCAGCGGGGUCACCCCCCCGGGCCCCCCCGAGCCCCCCGCGGCCGAGAUCAACGUCACGGCGGGGGCUGAUGUGCCGCCCCCCGUGUCUGACGUGGUGCGGGUGGGGGGAGGGGCAGGGGGGGUCACCCUGGCCUGGCCCAGCCCCCCCCCGGGCCCCCCCGGCACCCCCAUACUGGACUACGAGGUCAAGUACUACGAGAAGUUGGGGGGCGGGGAGGGGCCCCCCCAGUUCCUGAAGGUUCUGCGGCCGCGGGCGGAGCUGGGGGGGCUGCGCCGGGGGGGCCUGUAUGGGGUCAGGGUCCGCGCCCGCUCCGAGGGCGGCUACGGAGACUUUGGGCCCGAGACCACCGUCAGCGCCCCGGGCGGCGAGGGGACCCGGGGGGGUCCCGGGGGGGUCGUGGCCGGAGCCGCUGCCCUGGGGGGGCUCCUGGUGCUGGCCCUGCUGGGGGGGGCCCUGGUGUGCCUCAGGCGGGGGCGGCUCCGGGCAGAGAAGCAACGGCACAGCCCCGCCCUUGCCCAGGUGACCCCCUCAGGUGGGAAGCUCUACAUCGACCCCCUGACCUACGAGGACCCCGAGGUGGCCCUGAGGGACUUCACGCAGGAGAUCGACGUCACCUGCGUCACCAUCGAGGAGGUGAUUGGUGCAGGUGAGUUCGGCGAGGUGUGGCGUGGGCGCCUGUCCCUGCCAGGCCAGCCCGAGGCCGAGGUGGCUGUGAAGACACUCAAGGGCGGCGCGGGCGAGCGGCAGCGCCGGGAGUUCCUGCGCGAGGCCGCGCGCAUGGGGCAGUUCCGGCACCCCAACGUGGUGCGGCUGCGCGGCGUGGUGAGCGCCGGGCCCCCCGCCAUGAUCGUCACCGAAUUCCUGCUGCACGGAGCACUGGACGCCUUCCUCAGGGGUCGCCAGGGCUCGCUGUCCCCUCUCCAGCUGGUGGCCAUGCUGCGCGGCAUUGCCGCCGGGAUGCGCUACCUGGCCGAGGCCGGCUUCGUGCACCGGGACCUGGCUGCGCGCAACAUCCUGGUGGACGCGCACCUGGUGUGCAAGGUGUCCGACUUCGGGCUGUCCCGGGCCCUGGAUGGGGACAGGGACAGCGACCCCACCUACACCAGCUCCCUGGGCGGGAAGAUCCCAAUCCGCUGGACGGCCCCCGAAGCCAUCGCGUUCCGGACGUUCACCUCAGCCAGCGACGCCUGGAGCUACGGGAUCGUCAUGUGGGAGGUGCUGAGCUUCGGGGAGCGGCCCUACUGGGACAUGUCCAACCAGGACGUGAUCAAUGCCAUCGAGCAGGAUUACCGGCUGCCGCCGCCGCCCCGCUGCCCACCCGCCCUGCACCGCCUGAUGCUGGACUGCUGGCAGCGUGAGCGCAGCGCCCGCCCCACCUUCCCUCACCUGGUGCAUGCCCUCGACCGCCUCAUCCGGCGACCCGAGAGCCUCCGCGUGCCUCCCCCGGACCCGCACAGCUCCUCCCCCCCCUGCCUGGAGCAGCGCAGCCCCCCUGGGGCCAGCCCCGGCCCCACCCCCGGUCCCUCAGUGGGGGAGUGGCUGCGGGGGCUGGGGCUGGGGGGCUACGAGGAACCGUUCCGCAGCGCCGGCGUCACCGGGCUGGAGCUGCUGCCGCGGCUGUGCAGCGAGGACCUGCUGCGCAUGGGGGUGACUUUGGCCGGGCACCAGCAGAGGAUCCUGGAGGGAGCCCAGAGCCUGCGGAGCCCCCCCAAAGGGGACCCCCAGUGCUGA